AUGGUACCGCCCUUUGCAGAAUUAACGAAACUGUCAACUGGUCUUUUUGUGCCCUACGGUCGAUGCCAACAAUUGAGUUCACUUGAGAAACGUAUGCAGCUGGACAGCUACGAUCAACGCUAUGAAGAGACGUUGUCUGCUGUCUCUACCCGACCUAGUGCAUUGGCGGAGGAAUAA